AUGGAGUCAAAAUAUCUUCAAAAGCACCUUGGGACAUGUCUAACUCAAGGUCUUGCGGAAGUGGCAAGAAUUCGCCCAGGGGAUCCAAUAGAAUAUUUAGCAUUGUGGAUUUACAAGUAUAAGGAAAAUGUGACCAUGGAGGAACUGAGGCAAAAGGAAAUGGCUGAAUUGGAGCGUGAAAGAGAACUAGCUCUGACGGAGCAGGAGAUGAUGGAGAGGCUCAAAGCAGAGGAGCUUAUCUUUCAGCAGCAACAGCUGGCCUUACAGCUGGAGUUGGAAAUGCAAGAAAAAGAGAGACAGAGAAUAGAACUACAGAAAGCUCAAGAACAAUUAGACAAGGAGAUGAAAAUGAAAAUGGAAAAUAUAGCUAAGAGUGAAGAUACUCCCCAUAUAAAAGGUAUAGGAACAGACUCAGGCAAGACAUUAGCUGAAAUUAGUGAUCGAUAUGGGGCACCUAACUUGAGCACAGUGGAAGAACUUGAUGAACCAAUGCUAUCCGAUGUUGCAUUAAACAUUGAUGAAGAUUUGUAG